UUCCGUAUAUAUAUAUAUAUAUAUAUAUAUAUAUAUAUAUAGGAUAUAGGAUAUAGGAUUUCAUAGAAGCAGGCAUUAUUAGGGAUGAUUAAUUUGUUGUGCGGAAUUGUAACUCCACGUUUCGUGAAAUUGUAAUAUUUUACGCAUUUUUAUAUUAAAGGGAUUAAUUUAUUGACUUUAUGAAAUUUUCAGUGCAAUAUUUUGGCAUUAUAAAACUUUAAUAAGGCUGUGAGUGUUAUAGACUUAUAGUUCCCAAAAUUAAAACCUAAUGCUCAUGUUUUAGAAUUUAAAAUUGAUUUUACAGCCUAUUUGCCCCUAAUUAAAAGGAGUAAAGGGUCAGUUUGGUACUCAAAUUUGUAAAAAAAGUGUCAAAUAAGUUCUUAUAUAGAAAAUUAUGUCCGGACGUGUCAUUUGAGGUGGUUCCCGGUGGAAUUUUUUGAUAAUUUUUUUUGAACAUCUUAUUCAUUAAGUCUAGUUUACUCAUACCAAAUUUCAGCUAAACAUUCAAUCAGGAAGACAUUCAAAAUGAAUUUUUAAAAAUAAUUACAUUUUAACGGCACAAUUAUGAAUUCAUUCCAAUAAUUUUUUAUCUAUGAUUGACUCAGCAUAGAGUCACGUCUACCGCAAACCUGAACUAAAGCAUGGGGCUACCCAAACUUUUUUUGCAGUCCCAAUUCCCAGAGUUUUAAAUACGUCACUUCUUCCAAAAAGUACCAAAUUUAUGAACGGCUUGCCCCUUCCCCAUACUUGAAUUAAGGAUAAAGCUCUUAAACACGUGUCACCUUCGACAUGAGCGUGUCAAAAUUAUGCAACGCCACUUCGCUUGCCCCUCUCUUUAAUUUCUCAAUCUUCUCAAUUCCCUUCCCUUUGACUCACCACACUACUCCCCUUACUUAAUCUCCCUUCCCACAAUUUGAUAUCUUCAUUUGCUUCCAACUCCUCUCCCUGGCUAGGUAAAGCAUUUCCCUCUCUUCCUCUUUAUCUUUGGUGUAUGUUUAUUUCUUGUAUAUUGCAUUAUUAAUGUUUUCACCAUUGUUGUCUUUGUGGGUUUUGGGUUUUAAUUUGCACUGCUAUAUGUUUGAUUCUUUGUUGUAAUUCGAAACACGGAAACUCUUUGGAAAGAGCACGUUUUCGAAACUUUCCAAACGGUCGUUUCCCGUUUCAUGUUUCCCGAGACUCCGAGAUGUCUCAUAGAAUUCAACAAAUUUUUGGCUCAAGUUUUUAGUUUAUUUCCCGAAACAGAAACGAUUGUUUUCGGUUAGCGUUUUUUUGAAAUCACAAAAAUUGACACUUAGAUUUCUAUCCAGCUGAGGAUUGGCAGUCACAAAUUAGGCAUGGCUGAAUCCGAGAUGAGGUUUGACCGAGAGGGACACGAGUAACUGAGAUGGGUGAAUUAAGAUGUUCUGUUUUACUUGUAUGUAUGCAGGUGGGAAGGUGCGAAUUAAAGUUACAGUUGGUGAAUGGUAAUUAGUUGGGGGUAAUUAAAAGUAGUAGAAGAUGGAUUGGUUAAUAGAGUUGAUGACAAGUGCGUUGUUGAUGCUAUUAAAGCCGCUUCCGCUGAUCACUCUGUGCGUGAAAAGCUGUGGCAUUGUGGUCCUAACGUGCAUCGAGCUUCUCAGAAACGCUAUCUCCCUCCACCUUAGCAUCUUUUGGAGUGUCAUUACUUUGGCCUUUGCUACUUUUACCCUUCCUAUGCGUUUGUUAAACGCUCUUCAAAAUCAAAAAACGCUUGAAAUGCAAUUGCAAGAAAUGCAGAUAGAGUUGGAGAGCGUGGACUGGGAAAGAAGGAGAUUGGAGAAACAACUAAGUGUGGCCAUCAAUGAACACAAGAUGAUGGCCUUGAUGUUAAGGGAAUUGGAGGAUGAACUGGAUCAGGCUUUUCUCAAGAUCGAUCAGCUGGAGGAGGAGCUUAGGGGUCUGAAGGGAGAAAACCAACAGCUGAAGGAGAUUCGAGGGAAAACACGUUGGAGCCAAAAGGAACAUUUUCCUGCCAGUUCCAGCAAAAACAUUUCUUAUGAUAAUAAUAAAAAUAAUAAUAACAAUAAUAAACUUGUCAAGCCUGAGGUAGGAGUGGGCCUAGACCCGGCCCAAGCCCAACAACACCAAAGAAGAAAAGCAGCGCUAGUGAAGAGUGUUUUCAGCGCGGGGUUAUCCGUGGUGGUGGGGACGACGGUGUGGGCCGCCGAAGAGCCGUGCGGGCCGCUCGUCGCUGCCCUAUUUGCGGUGGUGGCGAUGUCAUUGAGCAGCGUCGUCGGCUUCUUCUUCGCCAUAAAAAACAACCCGGCUUCGGAGGCGGUGGCUCUCCUCUGCUUCAACUGGUUUAUACUAGGAACGCUGACCUACCCGGCUCUGCCAAAGGUUGCUCUUUUCCUGUCUCCUUUGGGCCGGAAACUGUCCGGAGUGACAAUGAAGUUCUUCUCCGGCAGUUAUGUAUGAUGUUUUAUUACUCAUGUCCCUGCUCUCUUUUUUUUUUUUUUAGAAAUGAAGAAAUAUAAUAGGGUUACGUUUUCUUUUCUUUUUUUUACAGUACUUUAUGAAAUGUAUAACAAAGAGGGAGGUUCUACGCUGAACCAAGCGACUCUUGU